AACUUUUCAACAGGAACUACAACAGAAGCAGCAACAACAACAACAACAACAAAUAAUAACUACUCCACAAAUUCAAGCACAAGAAAAUAAUUCAAAUAAUGCUCCGUACAAGAUCCAAAUGGCAGCACUUGAAGGGAAAACUAUCCACUGCAUAAAUGCCAACCCUUGUAUAUAUUCGGAUUGGAUGGUGACCUUAAAAGACCUUGUCUGGAUGGUAUUGCCUUCUUGCAAUGUUGCGAAAUGCGCUCACAUCCUGCACAUAUGCUUAAAAUCGACGAUAUUAUUUGGGAAAUCUGAACAGUUGGCCAUGUUGAAAGAGAAUGGACUCAUCCGGUCAAUGAACCCCGCAGAUACACCGAUGGCCAUGUUGAAAGACGUCACGCUACUGUUACCACAGUUAAAGACAUUAGUGUUAAUGCAAGAUAAAGAAUUAUAUACCAAUACCAAUCUGCAGGUGGACCUUCCAAGUGACAACAUAUCAGCUAGGAAUUCGUCAGACACAGGGGAAGCCGACCAACUGUCCGAAGCCAUGUCAACUUGUAAAAUAAAAUAGUUAAUUAAUUAGUUGUUUAUAUUUAAUUUAUGUACUGACCAAAAAACAAAAUGGGACAUAUUAAAUUAAUUAAUAUUGUUUUAUUUUGCGUUUAAAAAGAAGUAGAAAUCUUCUGAUGUCUUAUUACUCACAUAU